AUGAAGACCACCACUGACACUGACAGCGACACUAUCGCUAUCGACUGGUCGGAGGAUUGGACGCUCACCGUAUUCGCUAGAUUCUCCUGCAUCUCUCAGACAAACGACGGUGACCCGCGCCCUCCUUUGUCCUGGUCUCCCAUUCCCCUCUCCCGGCGCCUCGACCGAAUGUGCGACCCCGAUACCCAACCUCUCACCAGACUCCAUGUGGUCGUAUAA